AUAAGCUUUUUGGGAAGCGGCUGCUCCAGGCCGGGCGCUACAUCAUGUCCCACAAAGCCUGGAUGAAGACGGUGCCCACAGAGAACUGCGAUGUCCUCAUGACCUUCCCAGUCCCGGAGCUGGCAGCCCGCGGCGUCAUCCAGCAGGUCUUCCCCCUGCACGAGCAGAGGAUCCUCAAGAGGCUGAUGAAGUCCUGGGUGCAGGCGGUCUGUGAGGCUCAGCCCCUCGAUGAGAUCUGCGACUAUUUUGGGGUGAAAAUUGCCAUGUAUUUCGCCUGGUUGGGGUUCUACACCUCGGCCAUGGUGUACCCCGCCGUCUUCGGCUCCAUCCUCUACACCUUCACCGAGAGCGACCAGACCAGCCAGGACAUCUGCUGCGUGGUCUUCGCCAUCUUCAACGUCAUCUGGUCCACACUCUUCCUCGAGGAGUGGAAGCGCCGAGGGGCCGAGUUCGCCUACAAGUGGGGGACGUUGGACACCCCGGCCGAGUCCAUCGAGGAGCCCCGGCCCCAGUUCAGGGGCGUUAAGAGAAUCAGCCCCGUGACCAGCGCCGAGGAGUUUUACUACCCACCGUGGAAGCGUCUCCUCUUCCAGUGCCUGGUCAGCCUCCCCGUCUGCCUCGCCUGCCUCUCCCUCGUCUUCCUCCUCAUGCUGGGCUGCUUCCAGCUCCAGGAAUUCGUGCUGAGCAUCCAGGAGCUGCCCCGCAUCAUCCGGUUCCUCCCCAAAAUCGUCCUGGCCGUCAUCGUCACCGCCUGCGACGAGGUUUACAAGAAGAUCGCCUACUGGCUGAACGAUAUGGGUGCGUGGCGGGCUCUUGGCAGAGGUGACCCCAGGUCCCAUCCCAUCUAUUGUCACCAAUGUGGAGGCCCCACAGGAGGUGUUGUGGGGGGGACACUGUGCUUGGGGGUCCUGCUCAACCACGGGGAGGAGCAGGGACCCCAUGGGGGAAGGAGAUGGGGAUGCAGGGACACACAGAUCCCCCUCCAUGGGUGUUGUCCCCUCCAUCCCCGGGUGACAGUGCUGUCCCCCCCCCUCUUUUUGUUGUGUCCCCCCCCUCUACAGAUGCUGGCCACGCUGCUCAUCACCCGCCAGUUCCUGCAGAACGUCAGGGAGGUGUCACAGCCCCACCUGUACCGGCGCCUGCGCCGGGGGGACAUCAACCUCCACAGCCUCCGCCAGCUGGCCCACGCCGUCCUCCGCCUGCUGGCCUCCCACCGCCGGCCCCCCAACCCCUCCGAGGGGCUGCGGGGGGAGAAGAAGUGUCUGAACGGAGGUUGCGGGGUGCCGGAGGAAGAGGAGGAGGAGGAGGAGGAAGGAGAGCGUCGGGAGUCGGAUUCGGAGGAGGAGAGCGCCCUGGACUGCGGGUUGAAGCUGAAGAAGGUGAGCUUCAUCGAGAAGGCGGAGCGGCGCGGCGGGGAGCCCGGGGGGCCCGAGGAGGAGAGCUUCCUGGAGGAAGGCAGCCCCACCAUGGUGGAGAAAGGCAUGGACCCCGCAUCCGUCUUCGAGCUGUGCGAGGAUGAGGAGGAGGCCGAAGGUCCCCUCCCCGGGAGCCCGGUCAAGGCGGCGGAACCGGCGGUGGUCCCGCGGGUCGGCGGCCGGAGGAGACGGGGGGCGGAAGGGAGGGAGGAGGAGGAAGGUGAGGAGGAAGGGAGGAAGCGCAACCGGGCGUCGUGGAUCGACCCGCCGGAGGAGGACUACUCCACGCAGCUGACGCAGGCGGAGGUGGAGAGCUGCAUGAAGAAGUACGAGGACACCUUCCAGGACUAUCAGGAGAUGUUCAUCCAGUUCGGUUACGUGGUGCUCUUCUCCUCCGCCUUCCCCUUGGCCGCCAUGUGCGCCCUGGUGAACAACGUCAUCGAGAUCCGCAGCGACGCCUUCAAGCUCUGCACGGGGCUGCAGCGGCCCUUCGGCCAGCGGGUCGAGAGCAUCGGGCAGUGGCAGAAGGUGAUGGAGGCCAUGGGCGUCCUGGCCAUCGUGGUCAACUGCUACCUGAUCGCCCAGUGUGGGCAGCUCCAGCGCCUCUUCCCCUGGCUCAGCCCCGAGGGAGCCAUCAUCUCCGUGGUGGUGCUGGAGCACUUCGCCCUCUUCCUCAAGUACAUCAUCCAAGUGGCCAUCCCCGACAUCCCCGCCUGGGUGGCCGAGGAGAUGGCCAAGCUGGAGUACCAGCGCCGGGAGGCCUUCAAGAAGCACGAGCGGCAGGCGCAGCACCACUUCCAGCAGCAGCAGCGGCGCAAGAGGGAGGAAGAGGAGCGGCAGCGUCACGCCGAGUACCAGGCCCGCAAGGAACGCGAGUCCAACCGCGACGAGGCCAAACCCGAGGCCACCGGCCAGGACCCGGCUCACGAGAAGAGCCAGAGCAAAGGGAAAAGCUCCGGAGGUUCCUCCUCUCACAGCUCCGACAAACCCAAACGCCCCAGCUCCCUCCUGGCCACCAACAACGUGAUGAAGUUGAAGCAGAUCAUCCCUUUGCAGGGCAAAUUCCUCUCCGGGGGGGCUGGGGCUGGCAGCACGGCCACCGCCAGGUCCCCCCAGUCGCCCACCGGCAGCGAGAACAAGCUCCCCGGCUUCCUCAGCUUCAAGUUCCUCAAAUCCCCCGAAACUAAGAGGGACGCGGCCACCGAGAAGGUCCAGUCGCCCACCAAGCCAUUCAACCCCGGCAAGCUCUUCAACUUUGGCAAAUCCGAAGGGGUUGGGGGCAACGGGGCGGGGGCCACCGCCUCCCCCCAACCCCCAGCCGGCCCCUCGGUGGACACGGGCGAGCGGCCGGUCCCCAGCAAGUCCCAUCUCAACGGGGCGCCGGAGGAAGGGGGUCGAGAGGAGCCGGAGAGCCGGGCGGAGGAGGAGAGCGGGGGCUAUAAACUCUAACCAGACUUUUUGGGGGUCCGGGGGGCAAGCGGGGGCUACCUGCCCCCCCCUCCUCUCCAGGGGACAUCGUCACCCUCUCGCCUCCCCUCGCCGUCCCCCGCUGCAGGGAGGGUUGAGCCCAUCGGGGGCCACCACGCUCUGCACUGUCCCCCUCUGCCGCGUCCCCUCGUGUCCCCCCAAGUCCCCCCCCAGCCAGGACCCACCACCAUCCUGACCCCCAGCUCCGGUGAGGAUCCGGCACCGAGGACACCGGAGCCCAGCGCCGGUUGGGACCAUCCACGGCCUCGGAUGGAGCAUCUCAAGGGGUUUCCAUCGGUGGGAGAUGUCCCCAACCGGCUCCGUGCCAUGAACUUGGGGUCCCACAGGAGCCGGCACGGGGGGAGACGCCGCGGUCCAGCCCCAGGGGACAAGAGGGGACCCCGGUGCUGCCAGAUCCACCCCGGGCUCGUCACCACCGAGGGGACGCCGAGACGUCGGCGAGAGGAGCCCGAUUCACCCGUGCCUACAGCCCCUGCCCUACAGCCAUCGCCGGGGCCCGCCGGCACCGGGGGCCGUGCCCUGCUCCCUCCCGCUCCCGGAGGAUCCAUUCCCAGCACCGGGACCUUUUCCUGCCCGGAGCCCGGCCGACCGGGAGGGACACGGGGGGGUGAGCGGCCACCACCGGCCACCUGGAUCCCCAAUGCAUGGGCAGAAUUGCACUAAAACCCAAACAAAACCCAAGGCGAGCGACUCUUUCUCUCUCUCUCUUCCCCCCGAGAGGUGGCCACUGGAGCAGAAAGGUGGCCACCAGAGCCGAGAGGUGGCCACCGGAGCAGAGAGGUGGCCACUGGAGCAGAGAGGUGGCCACUGGAGCAGAGAGGUGGCCACCGGAGCUGAAAGGUGGCCACUGGAGCUGAAAGGUGGCCACCAGAGCCAAGAGGUGGCCACCAGAGCCGAGAGGUGACCACCAGAGCUGAGAGGUGACCACCAGAGCCGAAAGGUGGCCACCAGAGCCAAGAGAUGGCCACUGGAGCAGAGAGGUGGCCACCGGAGCCAAGAGGUGGCCACCAGAGCAGAGAGGUGACCACCAGAGCCGAGAGGUGACCACCGGAGCCGAGAGGUGACCACCGGAGCUGAGAGGUGGCCACCAGAGCAGAGAGGUGACCACCGGAGCAGAGAGGUGGCCCCCGGAGCCGA